UAUUUUUUAACAAAAUUCGUUUACAAUUUUCCUGCCGGCAAAAAUACUAAAAUAUGAUAUAUUAAAAAUUUUCGUUCACUCAUUUGAGAAAAAUUAAUCCAGAACUAGAAUUACAUACAAGCACAGCAAAAUGUCGAGGAGUGAUAAAAUUAUUUUUCGAAAAAAUUGUUUAUCAGAAACAACUACAUCAGAGAGCAAAGUGCAAUGCAGUUCAUCGGAAACUGACAAACCCACCACCUGUACACUGUCAGAUAAUAGCGAUGAGUAUAACUUGGCUGCUGAUGAGCAUGCAAACAAUACUGAUGCAGAUCGGAAUAUGUGCCAGCAUUCUUAUCUACAAACUCUGGAACUCGAGCUAUCGUCACAGGAUGACAAGACAGCGUUUCAAAUUGAAGUAAUACAAAGAAUAAUAGAUAUGCACCAUCAAGUAGCUAACUUAGAGAAUAAAGUGCAAAAACUUGAGAAAAUGGUGUCUACUCUUGAAACAGAAAAAAUUAACAAAGAAAAAGUUGGUAAGCUUAAAAAAUCUAAUCAAGAACACCUAGGGUUUCUUAAAAAAGAAAGUCAAAAAAGUAAUGAAGAAAUAGAGCUUAGGAAUAGGAAUAAAAUCACAUACAAAACUUUUCCUUUUUCUACCUAUCAAGAUCAGCCUUUGGAUGAUCUCUUUAUUCCAGACUUAAGUAAAUGUGGCAAAAAACGUAUACACUCACAGCUUGAAUAUGAGCCUGAAGUUGAACCUGAAGCUGAAUCUGAAGAAGAACCUAAAGAACAUAGUAACAUUUAUUUACAAUACAAAGUACGUGAACUCAACUUAUUAAAUAUGUCUGAAACGUCCCUUGCGCUUAACAAAGAAUGGCCGGUUCAGCUAUUUCCUUCGCUGUGGCCACAAAAAAAUUUCAACGACAAGAAAUGCGACUGUUUAAAGCAAUUUCGUAAAUAAACGAAUGAGGUUGUUAUGCUCCUUCCGUGUUCUUAUAAAACAUUAACAUUACAUUUUUUUGGCUCUGUUGGUGUGAAAUGGUAUCAUUGAGACUAGGUCUUCAAACUACUAUUAACGAGUAACGAGCGUAACACUAUGAAUUGACCAACUAACCUGGCAGUUAGGAGAAAUUUGGAACUUGUGAAGGAAAGAUGAAUAUGUAGAGAUAAGAUGGAUCAGCAAUGGGUAUGAAACACUCAUUAAGGAUUUGCUUUGCAAGAGUGGACAUUAAAGUUGUAACAUCAGAAUGAAGCAAGUAGGAUUUAUGUGUCAAAGCAGCUAAGGUAACAGUAAAGAACAUAAUUCUCUUCGUCAUUUUUUAUAUAAGACUAAUAUUUCAUUUCUGGAUUACAAAAUUUCAGUGUUAUUCGUUUAGUUUGCAAAUAAUAUAAUUCAUUUUUUUUAUUUUGUCUAAUUUUUAUUGCGUAUUCAGUUUCAAUUAUUCCCUUUCGAGAUAUUUUGAAAACUAUAUUCUAUUGAUAUAGGAAACUAAUCUAAAUCUAAGGUAUCGACUGAUGAAAAGAUCAAGCAAUAGACAGUCGU